UCAAGACUCCUUUCAACAUUUUCGGAUCAUCGACCGUUGGUUUUGUGGUUCCUAAGUUGCUAAACUCGCUUUCUCUCCUGGGGGAUAUGCUAUGCAUAGUGUCUUCAUUUGUACAACUCUAGUCAUCAGUGUUUCAUCAGUUUUCAGCCAGCAACCGUUUGUGCGUUACUCAGAAAGCUUAAAAAAGGUAGUUCCUCAUCACUACAGCCAUGACAAAGAAAACCCUCACAGGAGUAUGGACAAGGUCUCGCGGGGGCAUAAAGUAGAGCCCCGCCAACCACGUCUGAGGCCCCAACCAGAGGUUCCAUGGCUACAGUGGGUUCACAAGGGGCGCUGGGCUGCUCAAGCGGACCGGAACUCAGAACUACACAAGGUUCGAGCCCGGCUUUUAGAGGAGAAACUAAAACCAAACCAGCUUGUAUUCAAACCACACAUAAACCCUCAGUUGAAACCUAAACUAAGACCAAUAGAAAACACAAGAACAAAACGAGAAGCAGAAUAUGAUGAAAUGGAACAUAAAGUAAAAGCCAGAGACAAAAGGGACGUAGUAAUGCAUCAAUCAUAUCCUGAAAUAAACCGGCCACCACUAAUGGAUACCAAAACAUCACAGCAUACAGAACAGUUCGGAGGAAGGGUAAAAGAGUCAGAGAAGCGAGAUAAAAGGCAGAUUCUGUAUUUUAUAAACCGACCAUUCCAACUGAUGGCACGUAGCCCGCGGACCACACCUAAUCCCUUCAUACGAGACACGCACAUAGAGGAGUAUGACAUUAUACGACCCGAGGUGGGGGAGAGAGAAGGGAUGAUCCCGACGAUAGAGACGGGCAGUUCCGACCCGGGCAGCUAUCCCCUUGUGAACAUUCCCCAAGCUCUGUUUCGCUUUUUACAAAAUGCCAAAAUCCAAAUCGAGCAAAGGUUACUAAAUAAAAAACCUGAUCAAAACACAGUAGUAGAGGACAAUCACAUACGGGUAAAACGAAAAAUGUCCCAGUUCAGACGAGAUCGAAAACAAAUGACAAGAAAAAAGAAGAUUGGGAGGGCAAAGAAAACUAAAGUGAAAAGGCUUCCAGUGAAAGUACGGAAAUGGUAUGACAAAAGACAAAAAGUUAAGAAGAAAGGAGAUGGAACUUAUAGGGGAGGGAGGGGACGUAAACCACGACAGCAUAAACGGCCAAGACACUACAAACCGCCGAUGAACGAAACAAGUGACUAUGAUUACUACGAUAGCAAAGGAAACAUAAGAGGAGAGAAUCAUGAAGGACCUGAUGUUGCCGACUACUUGAGUUAUGUCUCAGGAGAAUAUUCAGAUACAGAAGAAGCAGAAAGAGCCAAUCAGGAGAUGGAGAAGGAUUAUCAGGAGCAACUAAAAAGAAGGAGACUUCGAGAGCAUAAGCAAAAACUAUCAAACAGCACAACAGAUAUUACUGAGGAACUCUUUGAAGAACCGUAUAUUGAAUCAAGUGAAAGCAAAAGUAGACAGGAAGUAAAGAAAAAAGACACAAAUAAAGAAAAGUAUGUGAAAAAGGAUAAGAUAAGUAAUGAAGAGAGUAAGGAGUAUGAAGACAGUGACGAACAUGAAGAGAGUGAAAAGGCUCAGUCAAAGAAAACAGAAUCAAAGAGAAAGGAGAGUGAAAGUGCGGUAGAAAGUACAGAAGAGAGUACAAGUGAGGAAAGCGAAGAAGAGAGUGAGGAAGAAAGAAGCGAAGAAGAUACUAGUGAAGCAGAGACAAGUGAAGAAGUAACCAGUGUUGAGGAAAGUACUGAAGAAGAAAGUAGUGAAGACGAAAGCAAUAGCAGCUCUGGUGAAGAUGGGAAGAAAAGAAAAUUCCCUAGAAAAUACAGAAAAAGUCCGAAAUGGAAACAAGGAAAAGUAGGAAAAUAUGAGAGUGAUCCAAAAAAGAUAAAAACCCAACAAGGCCUAAAUAAUAAGGGUGAUGACAAUUUACUAACUAUAGCCAAAGAUCAAACUCAGAGCAUACAAACAAAGGAUGAUCACAAGGAUGCAAAUGUUUUAGCAAAGGAAAAUACUCAAAAUCAAGAUAAAAAACAGAUUUUAGCAAAUAAAAAGGUAUCGGCAAAUGUCAGAAAAGCUGCAAGGAAAUUCAAUUUUUUCUCUUUAUCUUCGUAUCCAAUCAUCAGGAAUUUCAUGACUCCUGGAAUCAGCCCUUCAGAAAAUGCACAUAAUAAUUACAUGAAUCCUGGGUAUCAACCACUAAACCGUAUGUCAUCCAUGAGAUUUGAACCAUCCCCAAAUAUUGCGAUACAAAAACUUCAUUCUAUGACCUUAAAAUCUUCUCCGAAUGCUGUAUCCAUGACAAAACCACGCAUAGAGUCUAGAGGUGGUGAAAAUCUGCACAACUUACAGUCAAUAAAACAAGAUAUUCCUUUGCAAUCAGCAGCUAAAAAAAGAACAUUUGAUUCAAUUGCUCAAGAAAAACCUAGGGAAACUCUGACUUUAGUGUCAAAAAUAAAAGACGAGAGGAAAAAAUGGACAUCAAUUGGUACUAAUAACAUGGGAAAUAUACAAUCAUUGACAUCUGACCCAGAAGAUAAAGGUGUGAGGACAGUUGUCAAACGUGAAGUCAGCAAAGAAGGACAAAAUGUAUCAAGCUAUGAGGAGCUGUCAUCAAUUCCUGAUGGUGAAGGAAUUUCCAUGCCAAGCGAUGAAAUAGAAUCAAGUGAAACAUCUGACCUAGAAUAUGAGUCUGAUUACACAAUAUCAAUGUCCGAUUCAGAGGAGUGGCACAACUACCCUUUAACAACUCCAUCAGGACCAAACCCAGGAUGGCAACUAUCUACCCUAGCAGACAUAUAUCAGAAACAGAGAAAACCCCAAAACCAGGUAUUGAAACCAGAGAGAAAAAGUGAUAUGAAAACAAUUCUUCACGUCUGGCCUUUAAAUGAAAACAAGCCACACGUCCGAGCCAAACGCUCACCAAAAGAGCGGAAACGUAAAAUAGGAGCUUACAAAGAAAAAAUAAAGCAAAGGAGGAAAUUGAAGGACCUGCGGAGAAAAAGACGAAUAAUUCGAAAUAGCAAGGAAGACAAAGCAGUGAAAGAGGUUGUUGAGGAUGAAAAAGAAAUUGAGAGGCUACUUCAAAAACCAAGAGCAUUUCCACGACAGACAGCUUAUCAGAUGGAAGAUACAUCAAAAGAAAUAUUAUGGACUAAUGGAACUCACAAUAUAGUGGAGGAUAAAGAAGCUACUGUUAAAUGGAUCAAUGAGACACACUAUGUCAUAUACAGAGAACAGGACAAUUCAACUGAUGAGUGGUAUCAUAAACAUCAUGUCCUCCUCUACAAUGAUGAAUGGGAGAACAAAACCAGCGAAGAAAGGCGAAACAUGACAAUAGGCUUGCAGGAGGAGGAGGUAGAAGAAGUUAAAGAAAAAGAUGAGAAAACAAAAGUCAAGACGGCAGUCAAGAAAAAACCAGAGAAAAGGAAAGGUAGAAAGGGUGUUGAUAAAAAGGCACCAAAACCGAAGAAAAAAUCUAAGAAGUCAAAGAAAAUCAUGACUGUUAAAAAUAUACAUGAAGCACCAAAGGAUCCCAGAAGAGAUCCUAGGGAAAAGAAAAUAGUUAAAGACACUUCAAGCAGUGAGGAGAUUGUAAAAAAGAAAAAGAAGAGGACUAAAUUGGAAGAUGAAAGUGAUCAAUCCAAAUCUAAAGAGAAGAAAAAGAAGAAAGUUAAAACUGGUAAAACAACUGAUGUCGAAGAUGAUUCUGGAAAAAAGAAAAAGAGAAAAAAAGCUAAAUCAGAAUCAGAUGAGAAAGAUGCCUCAGAAAAGAAACUUAAAAAGAAAAAGAAAGAAAAAACAAAGGACUCAACCGAGAAAAAGGCUGAUAAAAAAAUAAGAAAGAAAGAAAAAACAAAAGACUCUGCAGAAAAAAAGUCUGAUAAAAAAACAAAACUUGUGAAAGAAAAGAAAAUAGACAAGGAAAAAAAGAAGAAACCCGAAAAAACUAACGAUUUGAAUGAGGAUGAGGGUGUAAAGAAAAAGAAGAAAGACAAAAAGGACCAAGAUAUAACCGGGGCGAAGGAAGAUAAGGAUGAGACACGGAGAAAGCGCAGUAUUUAUCGCUCAUCUGAAUCUGAAACAGUUGAAAUUAAAUGGGAGAAAGUUCAUAAAAAGAAUGACUAUGACGGAUGGCAGGUUUUUGGGGAGGAUGACAAGUCAGAGGUCUACGACGUCAGUUAUGAACUCAUCGAGACUAAGAACAUCACCAAAACACAUUGAAAUUAUUAAAUCCCUCACUCGUUAUAUCAACAGUCUUAUAACGUGUUUAUCAAUUUAAAGUUUGAUUAUAAUGCUUUAACCACUUUUUUUUUUUUUUUGUAUUUUUAAGUAGAUAAAUGUUUUGGAUCUGGUAUUUUUAAAUCAUAGGGAAAAUAUUAUUUUUUUUAAUACCGGAAACAACCUUUAUAAAUUUUCCUUGACACAAUCAAAAAACCAUUUUGCCUAAUUCAAAUAAUUGUUAUUUUAUGAAAAAAUAAGAAAAUGAUCCCUAAGAGACCUCCACAUAUCAAAUACAGAUUGAAUAAAACUUGAGAAAAUAAGAAGUUAAAAUAAAUCAAAGACAGAUUAAAUACAACUUGAGAUAAUAAGAAGUUAAAAUUAAUAGCUGCUAACUAUAAGUUAGGAUAACCUGAAAA